UCAACCAUCAGAAUGAUCGCUCGUUCAUAUCCGGGUCCCCGGCCGGCUUCCCCGGGCCGCGCUCGGACACGCUCGGCCGCAGAGCACUGAGGGGGAGCGGGCAGGGCAGGACAGGGCGGCCGCCCAUACGUCCGGAGGUGGCUGGCAGCGGCAAGUCGGCAUGCACAGAAUGCCCGCCACCUCAGUGGAGCCCGCCUACUGCCGCUGCUGCCCAUGGAGAUCGCGCUGGUGACUCUGGAGAACGGCGGUGGCGGGGCCAUCUCGGCCGGCGAGGAUGCCACGGCCGGCAGCGUCGGCGGUAGCACCGGGGCUCGGCGACAGCGCGAGCUACUCCGCCUCGCGGGGUCCACGUCUGUUGCAAGACUGAGCGACGGCAAGGUGGGUACGCCACCGGCCUCAUCGCCGCCGCAGGUGGACGAGGAGCGGGAGAAGUCCCCGCCGGUCCUCCGAGGAAGCGGCAGGAGGCUCUGCAGCAGCAGUGAGGGCAGCAUCAACGUCCGAGCGGCGUCAGGACCCCAACCGCAGCCACAAGCUCUGCGCCUCCGGCCGGCUGCUGAGAUGGAUCUCGCGGAGGAGGGGGGUCACCACCGGGGCAUGACCAUGGCAGCGGCCGGUGAGGAGGAGGAGAUGAAAGCAGUGAGCCGGGGCGCCAUGCACCAUCAGCGGGUUCUAAUCAACAUCUCUGGGCUGCACUUCGAGACUCAGCUGGGCACCCUCAACCAGUUUCCUGACACACUGUUGGGAGAUCCUGAUAAGCGUAUGCGGUAUUUUGACCCGCUCCGCAAUGAAUACUUCUUUGACCGCAACCGGCCCAGCUUUGAUGGCAUCCUCUAUUUCUACCAGUCUGGGGGCAAGCUUCGGCGGCCUGUCAAUGUCUCCAUUGAUGUCUUUGCUGAUGAGAUCCGCUUCUACCAGCUGGGCAAGGAGGCCAUGGAGCGUUUCUGGGAGGAUGAGGGUUUCAUCAGAGAGGAGGAGAAGCCCCUUCCCCACAGUGAGUUUCAGCGCCAGGUCUGGCUCAUCUUUGAGUACCCUGAAAGUUCCAGCUCAGCCCGGGCCACUGCCAUUGUCUCUGUGUUGGUGAUCCUUAUCUCCAUCAUCACCUUCUGCCUGGAAACUCUGCCUGAAUUCAGGGAUGAACGAGAGGUACCCAUGUCUGUACCCUCACAAAAUGGGGGUUUGAACUCCACAGCUAGAGAUACUCCACCCAUGCAGUCACCAAGUAGCCUCUCUGACCCCUUCUUCAUCAUCGAGACCACUUGUGUCAUCUGGUUCACCUUUGAGCUCCUUGUGCGUUUCUUCACCUGCCCCAGCAAGCCUGAGUUCUCCCGCAACAUCAUGAACAUCAUUGACAUCGUGGCCAUUAUCCCCUACUUCAUCACCCUGGGCACAGAAUUGGCCAAUGAGCAACAGCAGCCUGGGGGUAGCAGCAGCAAUGGGAGUGGGGGCCAGCAACAAGCCAUGUCCUUGGCCAUCCUCAGAGUCAUCCGCUUGGUCAGAGUCUUCAGGAUCUUCAAGCUUUCCAGGCACUCCAAGGGGUUGCAGAUUUUGGGACAGACUUUGAAAGCCAGCAUGAGAGAACUGGGCCUCCUCAUCUUCUUUCUCUUCAUUGGAGUGAUCCUUUUCUCCAGUGCUGUCUACUUUGCUGAGGCUGAUGAUCCUGAGUCUCAUUUCUCCAGCAUCCCUGAUGCUUUCUGGUGGGCUGUGGUGACCAUGACCACUGUGGGCUACGGGGACAUGCGACCUGUUACUGUGGGGGGCAAGAUCGUGGGCUCCUUAUGUGCCAUCGCUGGUGUGCUCACCAUUGCCCUGCCCGUCCCUGUUAUUGUGUCCAACUUCAACUACUUCUACCACCGAGAGACUGACCAUGAGGAUCAAUCUAUGCUCAAAGAAGAACACAGCAGUGCUCAGGGCAGCAUAACUGGGGUAGAUGGAAAGAGAAGAACCAGUAAAAACUCUCUGAACAAAUCUGUUGUGCACUUGGAAAAUAAUGAAGGGUUCAAAAGCAGCACCAGCCCUUUAGAGAAAAACAGUAUCAAAGCUAAAAGUAAUGUAGAUCUCAGAAAAUCACUCUAUGCCCUCUGUCUGGACAGCAGCAGGGAAACAGACCUGUAAGGAAAGGAGAGAAUUGUAGUUAAAAGAUGCAGCAGAAUUUGUUGGUGUCAGAAACUUGCUACUAUAUCUAUUUUCCUACCAGUUGUUGUUUUGUUGCUUGGUUUUUCGCUUUUUGCUUUAAAUCAGGCUGUAUUUUAUAAUUUGAUCAUUGUCCUGAGCAGUCCUCCAGAAAUAAAUGUUUUUAUAUUCUUUUUCCAUGACACAAAUGGUCACCUGUUUUUAAAAUAGAUUAUGUAAACUAUUCUCCAUUAUGCAGGAGCUGGUAAAUUAUGAAAAUGCAAAAUCUGAUUUGUAGAAACUUCUAUUAGCAAAUCAUAGUUGGCUUGAAAUAGUCAUUUGUAAUCAAUACAUUUUCUGCAAAUUGUUAAAGAGCUGGGGGACGUGUGCAGAGAAUGAAUGAAUUUUGGAGUGGGAGGGAACAAUGAGAGGGUUUUGUACCGUAGUUUCAAACUGAAAAUAUUCCAAUUUAUUUUGUAUCUAUAUAACAUUAUUUUUGUGUGAAAGGGGAUUUCUUAUUCCUGAGACAUAUCACUCCAUUAAAGCACUAGGAACAUUGGCAGAUCAGCACUUGUAGAGUUUUUCACUUGUGAUCACUACAGAUCUGCUUGUCUAGUAUGAAAAGUGCUUUAAGCACAGAAAUUUUUUAUUACUGAUGAGAUAUUAGUUCCUUGUGAGCCUUAAAUUAUUAAACAUCGUAGAUACACUUCUUCAUAAAUAAUUUUAUUAAUCACCUUACAGUUUUAGAAUUUCUAAAUAUUCUGUCUCGUGCUUUCUGUCCUCCCCAAAAGAAGCACAUAUAUUACAGUUUUAUAGUUUUGUUUUUGAGACUAAAAUAAAAAAUAAAAUAAUAAUAAUUAAAAAAAAAACGAAAAACUGCCUGCUCUUACUAGGUUUGAUCCAAGUGCACAACAGAUCAAAACCAUUAAGUAGUGAAUAGGUAUGACAGUAGUAACACAUGGAAGUAGAAUAUAUACUAUGUUUAUUUCACACUCUGGGUUAUUUUGGCGCAUACAUCAGUCACCUUCACGUAUCUGUAGAAUUUAUGUACCUAGCUCAUUGUUUUUAAUUACCACAGACUGGAAAUGGAUGGGAUCAACAGAGUCUGACAUGGCAUGCCUUGCUACUUAAAUAACCACUGUGUGGAUUAUACCUUGGACUUGGGCGGAAUGCAUCACCUUUCACCAAAACACAUCCUUCUUUUAUUUCCAAACCAAAUCUUUCCAGUGCAGUGGAUUUUACAGUUAAGAUAUUUUUGAAAGACUAAUGAUAAAUUACCUUCAUCCUGUUAAUGCAGCACUUUACAACUUACUAAUGAAGACUGACAAAAAGUUGCUUCCUUGAAUCAAGGAGUUGUGUGACUACAUUUCUUGGAAUGGACAUCUCUCUUUUCCCUUCAGUCUCUUGUUGUAUUGUUGAAGGAUGUUUCAUGCCUUUGUCAAGUUGAAUGGCACAGCAAGACUAGCAGAAAGAAAAGUCCUUCUUAUCAGUGCUCCAGGUGUGGAAGGCAGUUGGCAUGACUCAGGACGAGGCACAGGCCCUCAAAAUUCCCUUUUGUCUCGCCUACUAUAAAUAAAUUGGACAUCUGCAGGAAGCUCUCACUUCUACCUUUCCAGAGAUACUGUAAAUAUUCUGUAGGAGAUCACUGGGGACUCGUUGUGACAACUUUCCUUAAAGCAGGAGCGGACUUUACAGGAGCAAACAGUUGCCACAUUCACUGUAAGACUGAUCCCUGAUUAGGAAACUGGAUGUUAUGACCUAGAAGUUUUGCCCUUGUUGUUUCUGUAGAUUUUAGGAGGCCAAGCUAUUCUAGUGAGCACUGUAAGUUAUGAGGAAACACAAUGAAUGGUGAAAGAGUCCACUGAGGGCUGUAUGGGUUUAUUCGCCAUUCUGGGCCUGAUUAUUUUAUAGUUUAGGAAACGUUCAGGUGUUGCCAUGAAAGGAAAACUGCAAGUCUUGGCCACAGGUGAGUGUAGCUCUACUGAAAUAUGCCAUCGUCCUUUGUUCUCUUUCAGUUCUCUGAAGAAUUAUCAAAGCCCUUUGUGAGACAGUCUUAGUGAACUGUCCUGCUAGUUUGACAGCUUCUGUAAGGCUCAAAAAGACAGCAAUUCCUACAGGCUCCAAAAACACUGGUUGAAGUUAUAUUCUGUCAGACACAACGUUGCUAGCCUGAAUUUGCCUUUGCAGAUAGACAAUUAGUUGCUUUAGGAGCAGGAACCUUAACAUUGAGCAAGUUGAUACUGUUUCAGCAAACUCUUUAUUUUCCCGAUGUUACUGUGUUCCUGGUCUUCCUCCCCAGUUCCCACAGGAUUACGCUCACACUUAGUCUGUGCAAAAGCAGGGAGAGAGGAAGAGUGAUGCCUCAGGAUGAUUGCUCUCGUUGUGAAGGACAUAUCAGGGCUGUUUUAAUUAAACUGCACACACAGGAUAAAAAAGACUAAUCUAAUCCUGAUUGUGGCAGUUAAAGAAUGCAGUUUAGCUAAUUGACAGUGUCUUUCUCAAAAACAAAAGGCAAAGCUCCCUUCCAAAGCAGUGGAAGGUUGUUGGAGCUGUGCUGCUGAGUUCCUAGAGAUCUCAAUUGAACUCAGUGUUCAAUUUUUGAUAGAGCACAGUUCAAGGAGAGAAUACUGAUGAUCUCUGCUGAGAAUUUAAAACUGAAGCCAGUUACCCUACUAUCAGGUAGUUUCUGAGGAAAGCUUGUUAGACUCUUCAACAUCAACAUUGUGUUUCAGAAGUAUAUUUGCUGAAUUACAUUUUUUGAUAAAAUCCCUUAAUAAGCAAGUCUGUUUACUCUCCAUCUGGUGCUGAUCUUACUUAAAAUAUGACACGAUUGGCAUCUAAGUGAGUCAUGGACAGAAUAAAUAUAAAAGUUGCCUAAGUCAAUUAACAGCAGAAAGUCCAAAUCUUACUUCUUGUAGAUACUUAAGAAGCAAACUAAACCUUUCCUCUUAGAACAGAAGGUCUUUGUAAGGUGGAGAAAUCUCUCUCACAUUUCUGGUGCCAAAAUAUCUAGUAGCAUUUUAAAAAAUAUUAUCUAUCUAUCUAUCUAUCUAUUUAUUUA